AUGGAGCAGCAGCUCGUGCCGCUCCUCACCAACAUCCAGCUGCCGGACCAGGCGCCCCGACAACAGGCUGAGAUCGAGCUGAAGCGUGCCCAGGCGAACCCUGCGUUUCCCGUGUCACUGGCCAAGAUUGCGUCUCACUCCUCCAUCAGCACUGGUGUCCGUCAGGCUGCCUUGAGCACCCUGAGGCAGUUCAUUGAGAACAAUUGGGCUGUUGGAAAUCCGGACCAAGAGACCAUAAUUCCCAUUGACGAUGACACGAGAGCUAUUCUGAGGCAGUCUCUCCUUGAUUUGGCCCUGAGCCAAGACGAGGAUCGAAAGGUGAAGAUUUCGGCAAGUUAUGCAGUCGGCAAGAUCGCCAUACACGACUUCCCCGAACAAUGGCCCAGCUUACUGCCUACCGUUCUGAAUACCAUUCCAGCUGGUACCGAUACCCAGCUCCACGGAGCUCUGAGGGUCCUCGCCGACCUCGUCGAUGAGAGCCUGAGCGAGGAUCAAUUUUUUUCCAUGGCUCGAGAUAUUGCCAAGAUCCUGACAGAGGUCGCCCUCAAUGAGAACCGAAAACCCAUGCUCCGAGCACUCGCCAUAUCUGUCUUCCGAUCCUGCUUCGAUUUGAUGAACAUGGUCAAGGAGGAGCACUCCCACGAAGUCAAGGCAUUCGCUGAAGAGUUGCUUGCCCAGUGGAACCCAUUUUUUGCCAAUGUACUCAAGAGCCGUCUACCAGAGGGUGGCGUGACUACUGGUCCCCAGCCUGGUAGCUGGAAUCACAUUGUUGCCCUCAAGCUACAGGUCGUCAAGACGCUGCUCCGCAUUCGCAGAGUCUUCCCCAACCUACUGCUGCCCCAGAGCACCACCUUUUUCAGUGCCGUUUGGGAGGAGCUGAACCUCUUGCAGACACCAUAUGAAGAGCUCUACAUCAAAACCAACGCCCAGAGCCGCCUUGUGGACUCUGAUAACCUUCCCUAUACUUUGGACUUCCUGGUCCUGGAAGAACUUGACUUCCUGAACCAGUGCUUCCGCUCUCCCCCGGUCAAAGCAGAGUUGGAUGGCCACUUGCAAGCUCAUGCCUCCGCCCAGGACGUGCCCUGGAUGGUUGAGAUUAUGAGAAUGCUGGUCAGCUACUCUCGCGUCACCCAAGAGGAGGAGGAACUGUGGGACAUUGAUUGCUCCUUGUACCUGGCUGAAGAGACGUCAGUUACGGCAAACUACACCGCCAGAACUGCUGCCGGUGACUUGUUAAUCAAGAUGGGAGAGUGGUUCAAUGAAAAGGCCGUUGAUGGUCUGUUUGGCUUUACUACGUCCCUGUUCCCAGGCGAUGGAUCCAUGUGGAGAUGUCAGGAAUCCGCUCUUUCCCUCUUUACGAUGCUCCUGAGCGACUUUCAAGAUCUUAAUAAGACUAUCCCUGAUCCUGUUGCCAGUGCCUAUCUCGAGUUGGUCGAUUUCACCAUCAAUAAACCCGAUGAGCCUCUACUUCGCGCUCGAGGUUAUCUCGUCGCGGGCAUCAUUGGCCGCUCUUUCCAAACCCCUCCAGCUCUCUUGGAUCGCAUGGUCCAUGCCAUCACGAAUGAAGAGUCAGAAGUUGUCCAGGUUGCCUGUAUCAAGGCUGUCGAAGGCUUGAUUCACUCCGGUCGAGUAGGCACCGAUCGCCAGGUGCCGAUCGUUACCGCUAUCCAAUCCUACAUGAACGAGAAGGACCCAGCUGAGAUGGAAGAAGCGGACGAACUUCUUGUUGUCCUCGCGGAGGCGCUUCGUGCGACUAUCGGUCUGGAUCCCAAAAUAGCGCUCUCAAGCGACAUUCAAUCCACGGACCUGCUGUUCAUGCUUGCCAAGCUUGGCGCCAGCAACUUCCAAGUCACCAUGAUCAUUACUGAGGCCUUUGAGGAUAUUGUCAGCGCCCUCUCAGACAGUGCCUCAUUCGGCGCCCUUUGCGCUCGCACGCUGCCUACGCUCACCGGUGCCUUCGAUGUUGCUAAUGUGACAGAAGACAACCCUCUUGUUACAGUGGCCACCGAACUACUGGUUGUCCUCGCCGAAAAUGGUUCGGAGCCACUCCCCACCGGCUUUGUUGCCACCAUCUUCCCCAAGUUGAACCGUCUUUUGAUGGAGUCGGAGGAAGGCGAGGUCCUACGACCUGGCUCUGAAAUCGUCAAGUGGGUUCUUUCCCACGAUCAUCAGCAGGUUUUUAACUGGCAAGAUGCAAAUGGCCGAUCUGGACUCGAGGUGUGCUUGCACAUUAUUGACCGUUUACUUGGCCCAUCUAUAGAGGAUAACUCUGCAUCAGAAGUAGGUGGACUGGCGGCAGAACUCGUUGAGAAAGCGGGACAAGAACGUCUUGGUCCGUUCUUGCCUCAACUUUUGCAGGCUGUCGCGAAUCGACUUGCUUCAGCCCAGGCUGCUGCUUUCAUACAGUCUUUGAUCUUGGUCUUUGCCAGGCUUUCUCUCAAUGGCGCUCAAGACGUCGUCGAGUUCCUGAGCCAGAUCCAGAUUCAGGGGGAUAGCGGACUGCAGAUUGUUAUGGCAAAGUGGCUCGAAAACUCGGUUAGCUUCGCAGGCUACGAUGAAAUCAGGCAAAACGUCAUUGCUCUUUCGAAACUCUAUGCGCUGAAUGACUCCCGUCUUGCUCAGAUCCAAGUAAAGGGUGACUUGAUUCUUAGCGCUGAUGACGGCAAGAUCAAGACUCGGUCGCGGGCGAAGCAGAACCCCGACCAGUACACAAUCAUCCCUGCCCCCCUAAAGAUCGUGAAGGUUUUGAUCGAAGAGCUUGCAUCCGCCGCUGGCGCAGGUGCGGCCGCCAGUGCUGCAGCGGCCGCCGUUGCCGCCGCCGAGUUUGACGAAGACAAUGACGAAGACGGCUGGGAAGACGACGACGAUACCCUUGACCUCAGCUUAGCUGGUACCAAGGCUGAUCUCAUGUCCUUCAUGGACGGCGGACCCCUGCGGCGACCAGACGAUGAGACUCAUAUGUAUCUCACAGAAUUUUUUGUCCGAUGCGGCCGUGAAAAUAUUGCCAAUUUCCAGGAGUGGUACAACCUGCUUACUCAAGACGAAAAGACUAGGCUUAACCAAGUUGCCAACUCUGGGGCCUGA